AUGACCGGUGACAUUGAUGAUGAUACAAGCCUCAUCAUCGAUGGUAGUGACCGACAUUACGAAGAUGAAGAAAUGCUAUCGCCACCGACAACCAUUUCACCAGGACCUGCAACUAAUGCAUCGGAACUUUCAGUCUCUUCAGAUGUGGCGAAACUCCAAAGAUUUCGAUCCCGCAUGCUUCCCAAGUUUCCUUUCAUCCACUUAUCCACCGAGGUGACGGCUGAGAAACUACAGCUCGAUCGGCCAUUCCUAUUUCGCGCUAUCACCUGCGUUGCCUCUCUCCCAACGCAUGAGAAGCGGGAGCAUGGGCAUGAGCUGAAACGCGUGCUGAGUGGACUGGCCUUUUUCCAUAGUGAGGACAUUAAGAAUCAUCAUGAAAGCAUGGAAAAAACAACAGACCUCCUACUGGGACUGCUAGUCUUUAUCGCCUGGGGUUGGGAUCACGUAAUUGGCGGUCGCAGCUUGUCACGCCUCAUGAUGCUGGCUUUGUCGCUGGUUGGAGAGAUGCAUCUGGAUAAGCCGACAGCACAUCAGUCAAGCCCACUAAUGUUAUCAGUUGCAAGUCACGACAAACAAGACGACGAAAGAAAUGAUGAACUGGCGAAAGAAAAACUCAUGGAACGUCGGCGUACAGUUCUGGGAUGUUUCGCGCUCAGCUCUAUGGUCUCGACACACUUUGGCGAGAUAGAACCUUUGACGUGGACGCCGCAAAUGGAAGAAGACCUUGCCGCCAUCGCAGGUGACACAGAAUAUCCGUCUGAUAUGGUUCUCGCCGUACAGGUCCGCCUUCAAUUGCUUGCCUUGCAAGCCGCACAAUCGUGCAAGCUUGAAAUGGAUCAAGUUGGGAUCAUGGGGCUACCUCCUCCGACCAUCUUGCAUACUCGAGACAUGCUGAUGCGAUUGCAAGAGAUUCGAACAUUCAUUUCUUCGAAAGCACUACCCGAUAGUAAAACUCUUAUGGGCCAUACUUAUUUUACGGAAUUACGUAUCCUUGAAGCUGCCAAGCCAGACAUAACUGUAUCCUCCGGAAUUCCUUGUGCUGGCCCAAGCAAUGCCAGUGUAUCCUUGCAGAGUGAUCAUACUUUCUGCUUAUGGAAAGCCCAGCUCGCUGUCAAGAACUUCGCAACGGCACUUUUGGCACUUACCCCCUCUUGUUUCCUUUACGCUUCUUUUCUUCAAGCGGCUCAGUGGACAUAUCUUGCGAACUGUGUCGCGAUUUUGUGUCGUGCUGGUGCGUCUUUUGGAGGUUCAGAAAAAGAUCCAGCCAUCAUUAGAGCUAUAGCUGAGCUACCAGUUAUGCUGGGCCGGCUAGUUGAUAUUUUCCAGUUAGCUGCCAACGAAUCUGGAGAGUCAGAGUCAGACGGAGUAUUUGCGAGUCUGGCAGAUAGUUUUGGCGUGUUUUGUAGGAACUUACAGAGCCAAGAAACAGGCAACUGGGGGGAGCCCGGACCAGGGCUCAUGACGAGCACGAGCGGAUUUGAUGGGAACAUCGGGUCUUGGAUAGAGAACUUUUGGGCUAAGAGGGCCUAA